AUGAGCAGCAGCAGCCACAACAACAACAGGAGGGGGUUUUAUGUUAGAAUGAAAUUAUUACACAAACAUGGUGGACAUCAACAUCAAGAGAAGAAGAAUCUGUGUUUCAAAUAUUACAAAUGGGUUCUCUGGUUCUCUCUCUCUCUUUAUUUCUUUAGCUCUUACUUCAUCACCCACAAACCUAUUCCCCUCUCUAAAACCCAUGUCUCCAAAUCCGAAACUGUUGUUUCUCGUGCCCUUUUUGAAUCCUCCAACUCCACUUUCCUUCAACUAAACCAGAACAUCAAUCAAGGGCUGUUAAAGGAUUUGAAGAUAUACAUAUAUGAAUUGCCAUCAAAAUACAACACGGACUGGCUAAAAAAUGAGAGAUGCAGCAACCAUCUGUUUGCAUCAGAAGUUGCCAUUCAUAAAGCUCUAUCAAACAGUCUUGAUGUACGGACAUUUGACCCGUAUGAAGCUGAUUUCUUCUUUGUCCCUGUUUACGUGUCCUGCAAUUUCAGCACCGUUAAUGGGUUCCCUGCAAUUGGUCAUGCAAGGUCCUUGAUAUCCUCUGCAGUUCAACUUAUUUCCUCUAACUAUCCAUUUUGGAACCGCUCUCAAGGGUCUGAUCAUGUCUUUGUUGCAUCUCACGAUUAUGGCGCUUGUUUCCACGCUAUGGAGGAGAGAGCUGUGGAAGAUGGGAUACCAGAAUUUUUGAAGAGGUCAAUUAUAUUGCAGACUUUUGGGGUCAAAUUUGACCAUCCAUGUCAAGACGUUGAGAAUGUCGUCAUACCACCGUAUAUCUCCCCGCAAAGUGUACAGGCAACCCUUCAGAAGUAUCCAUUGACCGGCCGGCGGGACAUUUGGGCCUUCUUUAGAGGCAAAAUGGAAGUCCACCCCAAAAACAUUAGUGGUCGAUAUUACAGCAAGAAGGUGAGGACGGUGAUAUGGAGGAAAUACAGCGGUGACCGGAGGUUUUAUUUGCAAAGGCAUAGGUUUGCCGGUUACCAGUCAGAAAUUGUUCGAUCAGUGUUCUGUUUGUGCCCAUUGGGGUGGGCCCCAUGGAGCCCAAGGCUGGUGGAAUCUGUUGCAUUAGGGUGCGUGCCGGUCGUAAUUGCGGACGGCAUCCGGUUGCCCUUCCCCACCGCUGUCCAGUGGUCGGAUAUAUCUCUAACGGUGGCCGAAAAGGAUGUGGCUAAUCUAGGAACUAUACUUGAACACGUGGCAGCCACCAAUUUGUCCUCCAUUCAGAGAAACUUAUGGGACCCUGAUGUUCGGCGGGCCCUACUUUUCCAUGAUCAAGUACUAGAUGGAGAUGCCACGUGGCAGGUGCUGUACGCCUUGGCACAGAAACUGGACAGGUCGUACAGAACAGUAAGGCUUUCGGAGCAAUAG